UCCAACUGCCAGUCCCAAAACUCAUACUGUCAAUAUGAAGUUGUUUCUUAUUUGCUUAAUAUUGCUCUCAAGUUUAUCAGGAGGUCACUGUGAUGUACAACUUGCCCAGUCAGAGUCAGUGGUGAUAAAGCCGGGAGGGUCUCACAAACUGUCCUGCACAGCCUCUGGCUUCACAUUCAGUGAUUAUUAUAUGAACUGGGUUAGACAGGCUCCUGGGAAAGGAUUACAGUGGGUGUCUCGUAUUAGCGAUGGUGGGGGUAGCACAGUCUAUGCUGAUUCAGUUAAAGGAAGAUUUACCAUCUCCAGAGACAAUAAUAACAACAAGUUAUAUCUGCAAAUGAACAAUCUACAAACUGAAGACACUGCUGUGUAUUACUGUGCUACAGAAGGGGGGAACGACUUUGCUUACUGGGGACAAGGAACUAUGGUCACCGUCACUUCAGUUACAGCAUCGGCACCCUCAGUCUUUCCUCUUAUUCCCUGCUGCGACAAUGUUGAUUUCAAUGACUCAGUGACAAUGGGCUGCUUAGUGACUGGCUACAUGGCAGAUCCAUUAGACAUUCAAUGGAAUGAUGGUAGCAUUACAACUGGUAUCAAGACAAUGAGACCUGUGCUCAGCGAUGUUGAUGGACUUUACACCCUCAGCAGCCAGCUUACUAUCUUAGCCUCAGAAUGGAAGAACAGCACAUACAAAUGCAAAGUAGUACACAAUUAUACCAACACAAAGCAGGAGAAGUCUUUAAAAGUGUUACCCUGUAUGGCGCCUCAUGUCCAGCUAUUUCUGCAGUCACCAUGCAUGAGCGAUGCGAUUUCCAGAGCACAGCAUGAAAACAUUAAUGCUACACUGGAUCUUCUGUGUAUAAUUAAUAACUUCUACCACGGACAAAUCAAAGUUAAGUGGCUGGUAAAUGGAAAGCAAGAUGUAAGUGCAGAAGCAUCAGUGCCAACCCCUUCAAAGACAGAGGAUGGUACCUACAGUUCCAGCAGCCAACUGCGUAUUCUCAAAGGGAUGUGGAACAAGGGCACCCAGUACUCCUGUAUUGUCACGCAUACUUCCUCUAACACAACUACCAUAGCAAAUAUCAGCCAGUGCACCGAACAGUGCCAUGACAACCUACAAGUGUAUCCUCUCACACCUACAUUUCAUGACCUCUACUUCAGUCGGAAUGCGAAGGUUACCUGCUUGGUGAGCAGCAUGAAAACCAUAGAAAACUUUGACAUCUCUUGGGAAAGAGAAAAAGCAGGAAAUCUAGAGUUUGUCACUGAGGAUCCUGUACUCCAUGACAAUGGGACCUAUAGUGUUGCCAGUAUCCUGAGUGUUUGUGCUGAGGACUGGGAAAGUGGGGACAAGUUCUCAUGCACUGUAAGAAGCCAAGAUUUGCCAUCACCGGUUAAGAAAACAAUCUUUAAGCAGAAUGAAGGAACUCCAAAAGCUCCAGAUGUCUAUUUACUUCCACCAUCCGCUCAAGAACUAAUCCAGCAAGAGAUGGUUACACUUACCUGUUUUGUCACUGGCUUUAACCCCAAGGAGAUCUUCAUACAAUGGAUGCAAGGAGGUGUUAGCAUUAGCGAAGACAAAUUCAUUAAUACUGUUCCUAUGAAGAGUGAUGGCGAGCAAACAUACUUUAUAUAUAGCAAGCUGGCCAUCCCAGCAGCCAAAUGGAAUCAAGGAGAUGUAUUCACCUGUGUUGUUGGACAUGAAGCUCUACCCCUGUACAUCACACAGCAAAGCAUUGAUAAAUCAAGCGGUAAAUCAAGUCUUGUCAAUGUUAACCUUGUCAUGUCUUAAACAGAUACUUGUUAUUAAUCUCUCCAGAUUUCUGAUUGUUUUAAGGAAAGUUGUCCCAUGUUGUGUUUGUUGUCUUGUUUCAUGUAACCCACGUUAAGCAACAAUAAAAUGUUUUGUCCAAAGACA